AUGUUUGCAACUGCAGUUUUACUAUUCCUUAUUCGCACCGUUGCGAGUUGCCAAAAGUCACGAUGCAACGGAACGUCCUCGUUACCAAACGCCCGCUUAAUAGGAAGAGCCUUCCUUGUACAAGAAGCUAAAAGCACGGGAGACUGCAUUGACAUCUGUGACAAGCUUUCACAGUGUCGAAGUAUAAACUUCAAUUGGGUUCAUUUUCUCUGUGAAUUAAACAAAGCCGAUGUCCAUAUUGCUCCCCAAAGUCUUAUUACUUCUAAAGGAUUUGUGUACUUGGAUAAUCCAUGGAUAAAAUUUCAGCUGGUGAGUUGUGGGAAGGUAAAAUGUUAUUGGUAAACAGCGUUUAUGUAUGUUUUUUUGUUAUUUUAAUGUUUUGUUUUUUAUUCAACCUGUUUUCUACAGAGUUGUUAUAAUGCUAAAGUUUCCGCGGAUUUAAAAAUUAAAAAAACAGCCUGUUUAGUUUUUGUUGAGUUUGUUACGUAAUACGAGAAUGCAGCUGCGUCGUAUUAUUUUCUGUGGUAGCUCUAUUAGGUGUAAUCUUAAGAUUUAAGAAGGGAGGUGAAAUAAUCGACCAGCAUUGAAACCGAACAACAUAAGGUACAGUAGCGUCAUCGUUUCGAACAUUUUUUAUUUUAGUCGUCGAUCCUUGUGAGUUCGGAAAAACAAUGUUUUCAUAAACUCUCCUCUUUAGAGCGUUUUUAAAAGUUGGGUUUUCGUUUUGAGGCGAAUAUAGAAGAAAAUAACAACAACAAGCCGUUUUAUUACGGGUGGAUUCAUUUGCAACAUACACGGAUAGCUGCCGCAUUUGCCUGUUGAAUUUUCAUCAGUUGCUUUAAAGCCUAAAAACAAUAGGGAAAUGCUGACAGCUAUACGCGUAUGUUGUAGUCUGCGUAGCUGGUGGGAUUCUUGUGUCCGGGGUAAUUUCAUGACGGCCACGCGGAACUACCACGCGAAGCGAGGGUUGAAGCCUCGCGCUAAUCCCGCCAGCUACGCAGGCUACGUGUGUUGCAAAUGAAUCCACCCUAUGUAUACUUGUGGACGGGGCCUCAAAUUCUCUCGAGAGUUGAAUUCCAUGCAUCUGACUUGACAAGUUGUGAAAAUUACUGCAUUUGCAUGGUCUCAGUGGAAUAAGAAAUAUGUUGAGCUUCCUGUUCUAUAAUUUGCAUUGUAUUUAGUCACUUUGGUCCCAUUUAAGCUGAAGGUCACAGCUUAAAAAUGAAUCAAGUGAAACAGGGUCUGGUCAUGUGUGGUGAUUCAACUCUGCUUGAACCUUGCCAAGGAGUGACUUGAAAAGUUAAGGGCUGAGUUGUUUGAGGGCAAGACACAGGGACUAAAAGAGAGGCGAGAUGAAAAUUGUGUUUUGGACGCCGUAAAUCAAACGAAUGUAUGUAUUAUUCAGGUAUUACUCAAUAUGGUGGUUUUCUUUUUUCUUUUUUUUUUUAUUUCAUUUUUAUAACUUUAAUUUUUUUUUUCCGCGAAAAAGUUGAAAUUUGUUAUGGCGCCGAAACACAGGUCACUAGUGCAGGCACAGUUGAGAAGACUGGUUAUGAAAGCCCGCAAACAUCAAAGAUGAAAACAACGGUGUUGCAGAUUAUUUUGGAAACUCCAUGACCGUGCACAUGCAAUCCUUUGUUUUUUGUUGCAAAUUGUGGCUGAAUAAAUUAAUGCCAUGUUUCUACAGAGUGUUUUCACAUGACGUCAUGGCGGCCAUAAUGGUGUUCCAAAACAAUGAAACGGCGGUCAUGUUGGUGUACCAAAACAACCCUGUGGGAAUUGAACUCUUUUCUUAUGUAAAAACCUUUUUUGUUCCAAUAGAUUAGCAUAGAUGCUGGCCAGGUGAGUGAAAACGCUCUAUUGGCCAGUAAGUUCAAAAUGGUAGAACAAGAAGAAGAAGAACAACAAGAAGACUGUCGGGCUUCAUAACCAUUCCACUUUAUUAACUAUGGUACAGGUCACUCCUCUAUUGAUAAGAUAUAAAUUACUGCAUAAGCAGUUUCCCCGCUAAAUUUCGGAUCGUGAUUAGGGCUAUGGGACACUUUUGGUGUUGUUUAUUUACCGUAGCACGGUGACCUGUAAUCAAACCUGCAUUUGUGACCUGUCCCAGUUGAGGAUAUUCGGUUAAGAAUUUUGGUCGUUUAAGGGCUUAAUAUUGGUGGGAGGUCCGGGAUGCAGGAUUAGAAUCCAUGUAACUAAGCUAAAGUCCAACAAUGCUAAAUGUCGCCAUUUUCUACUUGUUUAUCAGACAUCGUGUGCGCACAUUCAGCAAUUAGUCCCGGAUGCUAAAUCUGGCUACUACUGGGUUCACAUAAAAGGCACGAAGGCACAAGUGUACUGCGACAUGGACAAUUAUGGUAUGAACGCUUUGUGUCCUGCAUCACUUUCAAUUGUCUUUAUUGCUACUUAAUCCACAUCUAAAUUUACUAGCUACAGCGGCAGCUAAGUAGGAGGAGGGGAGGCGGGGGCAGGGAGUGGUAGGCCUAGAGAAUAAUUUGCGGCAAGGUUACUCGAAAUGGCAGAUAAAAGAGCGGAAGGAAGGAAGCGGGUGGAAGCCGGGAGCGUCUUUUUCGAAAAAUACAGGUUUACACGUAGCGUACGUUUUCGAAUCGUUUUCUCCCUUUUACAUGAAAGCGCUUCAACAAUGGAAAUACAUACCAGGUUAAUUUUGAAAACUGGGGAAUACCUUAACUACUUAUGUUCACAAUUUGAGUCUUUUUUUAAUUCUUGAAAACUGUUUUUUCUUUUCACUAAUUGACUUAAAAUUGUUGAAGCUUGUUGAAUUCUCAAAAACAUACCACUGAAGACACUGAGGCCUGGUUCAGACGCCGUACUUUUCAUGUGCCGAACCUAAUUGAAUAAGUUCGACUUUGGAGCGACACGGGCGCGACAUCUGAUUCAGAGGGCGCGCCUUUUGUCGCAGUUAAGUUCGACAAAAGUUCGACAGACUCUGUAGAACUUAAUGCCUUUGCCGCACCAAACUAAAACUGGGGUACCAAAUAGACUUCUUUAGCUGGUAUGUUUUGUUUUCCCAAUAGACGUCCCGAGGGGAACUUGACCCAUUGUCUUCUCAUAAAUUAUGCGAAGAUAUGCACGUGAAUAAGACGAAAUUUGAAUAAAUAAAUAAAUAAAUAAAGUGUCUUUAUUGUUCAAAAGAUAAAAUUACACAUCUUAUGUUACAUAAAGGAUAUUACACGGUGGCGCGAAGAUAUGAAUUUUAUUUUUGCGCGAGUGAGUAAAAUAUUGUUUUUGCCACGAGAAAAUAAAAUUCAUAUCUUUAAGCCGCCGUGUAAUGUCCUUUUUAUUAUAUAAACAAAAAGACAUCGAUAAAAUAAUAGAAGGAAAUGACCGAAAUUUACGUCAUCGAUAAACUCACUUGCGAGAUUAUGGAAAAUAAACCACUCGGGUCCCGGAUGUAGUUUUAUGAAUUUUACGAGUGGUAUAUUUUCCAGUAAAACACUCGUGUCUAUUUAAUAAAUUUAAAUAUAACAAUGUUAAUAGGCAAAAGUAUGUCUCUAAAUAAGAUUAGGAUAUACAUAGAAACAAAUACAAAAUCGAAUACAGAAAGUACACUAUUUACAAAGGUACAUUAUACUUAAAGACAAUUCUAUAAAAGAAUGUAUUCUUAAAACGGUCCGUGUGAAUGGCGGGCAUUGCGGGAGGUUUAUUCCUUAAGUUGUAUCUUGUAAUCUUAGUCUCAGGGAAGUUAGCUCUAAGAGGGUAGUUCGGGAUACUAGAAACCUUCCUACAAAUUCUAUGAUCUUGCACAGUAAUUCACCUAUCUCUAAUUUCUUGGAUAUGUAUCUGCGUUUAAAACAUCGAUCUAAAAACUGCUGGGCCAUAGUUAGCUCUGAUUCAGAGGCCCCAUACACAGAUAAAGCAUAAGUAAUAUUUGGUAGAACUAUGGAACUAUGGAAUGGAAUGGAACAGUUCUCUAGAGUAUUAGCACAUGACCAGUGUACUGGGAAAACAAAACAUACAAGCUAUAAAGAGGUCUAUUGAAUCAGACGCCGCUCUAUUGCCGUACUUAAUUCAUCAAUUGGGCACAUGAGUGGAGCGGUGUUUGCACCGGAACUUAGGGUACGUUCACACGGCGCACCGCACGAAUUUUCAACUGCUUGAAAAUUCGUGCGGAAUAUAUAAGGUGUUCCGUUCUAAACGAACCACCACACAGAAACUUUAGAUACGUAGCCAUUCAAAGUUCCUUGUGAACAGAACAAAAAUAUUGAAUGGUCCCCUUUGAACUUAGACUUUCUAAAAGUCCUUUAUUUUUUUCCUGGUUGGUUAUGCCAUUUUAACUUUUCAUACCUUAUUUGGCGGGAAAUUUUCCUGUAGAAAGUUCUACCCGUGACGUCAUGAUAAUUGACCAAUAGGCAGUGAACAAUAUUUCAUGCCACUCCCGACGCAGCAUUUGUCAAUCAUUGUUUUCCCGCGUAAAUUUAUAUUAUGAUUCAAAUCCAUUUAGGGAAAACAAGUCGAUCUCGAGACUCCCUUGCUCGCUCGGUCGCUGCACGACCUCAUGCAUUGAAGCUCGCUUCACUGUUUUUAAGAACAACCGGUUGAAAAUUCGUGGGUAUAGAAGCUGUUCCGUUCAAAUGUAACCACUACAACCGUACGGAAAUUUAGACGCGUAGCCAUUCAAAUUUCCGCGUGAACAGAACGAAAAUAUUGAAUGGUCCCGUGUGAGCGAAGUGCCCGGUAAAAAUUUUCAGCCGGUCGAAAAUUCGUCUCACGGUAUUUUCAAAGACUUAUAAUAACUUCUCUAGUGGGGUUAAUUAACUCCUUACCAUGGGAGUUAUUGUUGGGGGAGUUAUUUUAUCAGUCCAAAAAGGGAGUUUCAAGAAUUCUUUUUCAGUAGUAAAAAUCCCCCCUGGAUUUGGAGUUAAUAUUGACGCGUUAAAGUAACCCCCAAAAAGGGGUUAUCAUGUACCUAAAAUUUUUACAUUUUUGGAGUUAUAAUAACUCCUUAAAAAUUACGAUGUCGGUGCCAUGUGAACGUAACUUGAAUAAUGUAUGGCGAAUCGAAUUAGUCACGGAAAUCAAUGUACCCCAACCUCCAAUAACGUCUUUUGGAAAGCUUCCAGUCCACUAAAAGCCCUAAAAAGAAUGAUCAUUUAUAUCAUUUGAAACAUUAGGUGGAGGAUGGACGCUUGUUGCAAGCAUCAGUUCUUCCAGCAAUGACCAUCUUUUGAGAGCAGAAGUCAACUGCUACAAUUUAACACGUUGCGUUGAGUUCACCAACACGUCAAUUCCAUGCAGAAAGUUAUCAGAUCAGGAUAUUCACGAGAUUGCAACACAGGAAGGUAUAUACUGUAUUUCCUAGAAUAAGCGCCUUCCCCGAAUAAGCGUCCAACCGUACCCCUUUCGAAUAAGAGCUCCCGUUCCCUCCCCUCUUACUUUCCCAAAUAGUAUGGCUACAAGAAAACCUGUUUCUAUCGCCACAUUAUUGAUGUCAUAAUCGAUAUUUGAUGAUGAUGAUAAUCAUAAUCGUAAUCAGUUCUUGUUUUGCUAAAAAGAUGCUUUCCAAAAAAAGGGAUUUUUCUCGCUUAAAAUGUCAGCUUAAGCGAAAAAAGUUGACAGAGCAUUUUUGUAAAGACUUUUCAAGUUUCAGCCGAAAAGGGAAUGGGCAAUGAGUAAACUUGUCGAGUUUUCAACUCAAAAGCGUUUUCAAAUUGGUGCUUGCGUGGUUAGCGCGCGAAAAGCAAUACACCUUGACGUCACAACCAUGUUUACAUACUCUUAUGCAAACACGCCUCUCGGCCUAUCAGAGCGCGCGUACUAUCUUAGUUAUUUUAUAAAAAGGCUUAUAAGUGUGUGGGUGUGUGUGUGUUUGUGGGUGGAGGAGACUUAUAAGCGGUAGUUUAAGGUCUACCGUUGGACGGAACAUGCACAUAAGCAUGCAAACAAACAUUGGGACUAUAAGCAGGUAUAAAAAGCUAUGAAUUUCAUGCACAAGGUUACGAAACAGGUCACCAAUACCAAAAGCCAGGUGGUCCAUAAAAAUCCUUGCUAAGUGCAUGUUUGCUUUAAAUUUUUGUCAAUGGCAAAUAUUCUGACUACGGUCUUACUAACUAGGUACCUUCAGGGUUGAUCAAGUCACAGAUGGAUACACCGCAUUUUAUCAGGUAAAAGCGUACGUAGUUAGCUUGCUGCUGUGCAGUGGGAGGAUUAAGGUUUCAAGGAUUCUUUAUCUGCAAGGUUUUAUUCAUUUAAAAGUUCUUUGAAACCUUGCCUUAUUCAGAAUCGUUGCAUAUUGCGCUCUUCUUUCUCUUUAAUCUUUUGCUUCAAAACUCAUAACCUUGUCGUUCUAUAAGAACUUCAAAAACUCAUAAAUAAUUCAUAAAUAAAAACAAAAAAAAAUUAAUGUUUAAUUAGUGUCUUUACAUCUGAUUAAGACACAGCUAAGCUUUAUGGCCAAUUUUUAAGACCAAAAUAACUUCAAAUCUUAAUAUUAGCGAAAGAAUGAAUUGAUUUAUAUGAGAGAUUUUGUAGUCGUUCAUAAAACGAGCAGUCGUGUAUUAUCAGAUUUAAAAACUCUCGGCUUCCCUUCGAGGUUUUAAACCCGAUAAUAGACUCCUGCUCGUUUUUUAAACAGCACCUGUUAUUCACCUUGUUUUCUUCUAUGUAGUGGUCAUUGAGAACUUUUAACAACACUUAGUUAACCAUUUUUUCAUUGUUCAGCUAUUUUUUUUGCUAUCUUUGAUAUUCCGUGAAAUUAUCCCCAUGUCCUAGCUUAUCUAGUUUUGCUAUGAUCUACGAUAUCUAUCUAAUAGGCGGCGUUUUGGAGCGAUGAAGUCACAUGAUGACCCAACCACAUGAAAAAAUUUACUUAAAGGGCUAAGUUCCUUUAAACCACUUAACCCUUUAAGCCCUAAGACUGAUGAGCAUCAAAUUUCUCCUUGUAAUAUCAAUGCUUUGUAAAACAGAGUGGUCAUGAGAAUUACAGACAAGAUCGCACACAAGGUGAAUUUGCUUGAUAUUUUAUCAACUUCUUGCCACAACUUCUGUAGGAAAUGACUAGGAGCAACAAAUGAGAAUUCUCAUUUUGAUCCUAGGGUUUAAAGGGUUAAUAAGGACACUGAGAGGACACUGAAAGUACUAUGUGGGGUUUGACUGUACGGCCAGCUGUAAUGCGUGCGCAUUACAACUUUUUUUUGUUUACUAUUUUACAGAUUCCAGGUGGAGUGAGACAGUUUAAUUCUGAAUGCUACACCUAUAGGUAAUAAAACUACAAUACCAACGAUGAAAUUUUGUAACUCUUAAAAUGUCCCGUCCAACCCAACCUUGCUUUGCCCGCCGUUACUCAUCAUACAAAUUCAUUUCCUUUUGAUGUCUUGACAGGGGCGGAUCCAGGAUUUUUUUUAGGAGGGGGUGCACUCGUCUCUUGCUGUGCUUCAACACCAACAAACCACAUAGUUUUUUUUUGGCAGAAUACCAGUUGUAUUAGAAAACCGCAGGUCAUCUGGGGGGCGCAUUUAGCACCCUCCCCUAGAUCCGCCCCUUUGAACCCCUUUGGAUAAUCGAUUCAAACAUUCUUUUGACGUUUAGAUUAUAAUCAUCAAAUUCUUUUACAUUGGAUUAUAGUGACACCGUGUGGAAUUUCUGCGGAGUCAGCAACAGUUCGUCAUUAGACAGGCUUCAAAGAGUACCGCUAAAAUUGUUUCCAAAAUAAGGGACAGCGACAAAGCUUUAUCUUAUCUUAAGCGGUCGUCACUCGUUAAUAGACGUUGAGAAUCAUGUUGAUGAACUCCUUGAAAUAUGCAUUAAAGGAUCCUGCCUGCAAUAACUAUUUCACUUUGACAGCUCCAUAAAUAAUCGCACUACUAGGCAAAUGAACAGAUUGCACUUGACAAGCGUUCGAAAUUACAUGCCUGAAAACUCUUUUUACUACAAUGGUUGUAUAACAAAAACUUUUAAUGUUUUUAUUGAUUUUAUUCCAUAUUUAUUGUAACUGUAUAUAGUCCAGUAGAAUUCAUAUCUCUGUAUUGUAUAGCUUUAAUUCGUUUUUAAUUAUCAUUUUAAUUUUAUCAGGGCCCCGGUAAUUGAUAGCAGAGGUAAGUCGUCGGAAUGGGCAACCUUGAUACGAAUAAACAGAGGUCUUCCGUCUCUCUUACCUAAAAACCCGAACCUGGUGCUGCUUUAGACAGUUAUCUCUAUAAGUAAAACCUUGCUGCAUUUUUUUUCUUCCCAGCUGCCCUCGAAUCAUAGUGUCGCACGAGUACCCUUAUCACUGGGAAUCAAAUUGCAAGGGGGUACUGAACGGUUACCCUAUAUGGACUGGCGGUGAAUGUCACAGAGGUAAAUGAACUUAGGCAAUCUUUAUUGAGCGCUGUCACUCCCUGACCAGCAUCUACGCAAAUUUAUGGAAAGAGCAACAAAAGCGUUAGAGCGAUUUUCGUUUGACCUUGAAAAGAGGAUUCGGUAAGUGUUCGUUAUUUGUUUUGGAUGAAAAGAUCAGAACAUGAACUCUUCGUUUUCCAGCCAAAGAAAAUCCUAAUAUGGAGAAGACAUUGAUCGAUUGGCCAGUCGUGUUGCAGUAUGACGUCAAAGCCAAGUGUCGAUUGAUUUCCAAAAAGUUCUCGGGGAAGGAAGUUUUAUAGACUGUUCACAGUCCCCUAUUUUUCCGUGAGAUCGUCGAGAUAUAGCACGUCUUCCCAGUAAUGGCGGUCAUCUUGAUUUUCAAAUGUACCGUGGGGGCGGGCGUCGGGGAUUAUAGCUCUAGGGGGAGGGGCGCCCCCGCCCCUAAGUAGUUUUCACACUCAUGCAUGAUGGCAGCCCGUAACGAAAAGUGCUCGAUCUCGACGAUCUUACGGGAAAAUAGGGGACUGAACAGUCUAGAAGUUUGUUUCACCCUAGCGUUCGCUCAAUCAACCAAAGGCCACGCACGUUCGUAUCCGUUCGAUAAACCAAUGAAAUUGCUCUAUUUUCCUUCUUUUGUUCUUUCUCUUUUGUUCGCGCUUUUUCAUUUUAAGGUCAUACGAAAAUCGCUCUGUGACGUCAUAUGAGAGGGAGCUUUUCAAUGUGUAUCUGACUUUGGUAAUACACUGGCUGGCACGGUUUUCUUCUUUUUUAACUUGUUUUCAUUAGUAUGGAACAACUAAUACAAAUACUGUGAUUUCCAUGUAAAUUUAUGUUAACACGAAAACGGAGGUUUCCAAAAACGUGCUAGGACUGCUCCGCUUAAGAAACACACCCCUCCGUAGUAAAUAAAGCUACGGUACAAGGGGCGAAAAAAACGUGCAACUUGUUUUCAGUAUUGCGGCAAAAACAGUGGGAAGGCUAUGUUAAGCGUUUUACCACCCACGUUCAAACCUGUCUUGCAACAAAUUAGCUUGUUACAAGUUGAUCCAAAUUGUAUUGAAUACUGACUUCAAAAAUUACGCUUGGGUUACACCAUACACGGGAGCUAUGUAGCUUGCUGCAAAGCAAGUUUGCCUUUCAUUUGGACCGGUAAUACGCACAACACGAUGCAUGUACAGAUUUGUUGCAAAUUGCAGGGCUACUCUCUAGUUUCCGUACCUUUUUCGCAACCUGCGUCAACCUGAUUUGUUGCAAGACAGGCAUAAUAAUUCGUACAGGCAUAUUGAUUCGUGGGUGGAAAAACGUGCACAUGAGAUAUGUGCAGUCUUUCGUCCACCAACAAUCAGUGGAAGGAUGUACAGUCGUUAAGGUGUAUAUUUUAAAUCAAUGACGAGUUAGUUUUUUCCUAGAGGAAAAACAUCAGCACCCGACGUUUUCAGUAGCUGUUUGUUUAUCCCUCGCGCGCAUUUUGAGACAAGUUCAGUGAUGGUCAGUUACUAUGGUUACGAGACAUGACGUCAUAAGUACCGGGUGGUCAAGCCUUUUUUGAGAGGAAAUACAUGUUUUUUCAUCUUCUUUCAACAAUAAAAAUAAAGUUUGUAGAUUAAAUGAUGCAAAGUGCUUAUUCAUGUGUUAUUUUACAAGUCAAGCACAAAAAAUUACCAUUUAUCGCGGUUUUAACCUGAUUUCUAAUUCUUGGUAAAAUCUAAAAUGGCGGCCAAAAGGGCGAUCAUUUUUGGUGACGUCACAGGCCUCCAGUAGCGCCACCACACAUAAAAUAUACCUCAUCGUGUUAAGAAGAUCAAAGGCUUGCAACAUAUCAAAAACUCUGGGGAGGGGUUCCAUCAACCCCCCCCCUUGUACCAUGGUGAAGCUAUGAAUUUGCUUGUACGUCCGAGGGUUAAUAACUCAAACAAAUCAUUUCACUUUCGCACUGUUUUGUUCCUAAGAAUACUGAACCUGAGAGAGAUGUCCAAGCAACUAAAGCCUAUAUUGGAAUUCAUCUCUCUUACCGUACUAUCUCUGAGUUCGAGUGAAUAUUCUCCAUAUCUUUCUUUUCAACUUUAUUCUUUCUCAAUUAGUUUUCGAUAUGCACGACAACGUCCACGACUGCGGCGGAGUAUCAUGGCACUCUUCGAAGAUUGGUACGUUUGUGUUUUAUUCUAAAUCUUACGUUAAUAGAAUCAACGUUAUAGCUCGAAUAAGCGCCCAGUAGUUGCGCCUCUUUCAGGUAAUUUAGCGCCUUUAAACAACUCGAAAAAUAUAAGUAAGCGACCCUUCAAAUAGGCGACUCGCCCCUCCCUUGUCAUGUUUACUAGGCUUUAUUCGCUUGUGCCGGUAGCGCGGCGUGUGAGCACAUGGGAUCUGCGCUAUCUAUCCAUUAUCACAACAAUUAACCAUAAAACUAACGUAACUGGAGCCUACCAUCAACAACAUUUAUAAUUCAAGUUCUAUAAUUUGUUCCCCUUUGUUUACAGAUACAGAGCGGGUACUUUACGGAUAUCCCUGUGAUGGUUUAAGUGGAAUAUAUCCUAAUAAGGAAGGACUCCUGUUCGUCAAAUGA